AAAAAAAAAGAUAGAGUCCAUUGUCAAGGCAAAGGACUCUAAAUAAAUCAUACAAUAACUCAACGACUUUUUAUCUCAAAAAUUAACACACAACAAAAAAGGGGGAGGGAAAAUAAUUAAAUAAAAAGAAAAUAAAAUCUUCCCACCCACACAUGGAAAUCCCUCAAAAAGAUGUCAUUGUCGGAGAGCAAUGGUUAAUUCUAUCAAAAAUAGGUGAAGGCUCUUUUGGAGAAGUAUUCAAAGCUCAAGAUGUAGAGUUGGGUGGUUUCUAUGCUGUCAAAAGAGAGGCGUUAGAUCUGGAGCAUCCACAAUUACAUCAUGAAAAAUUCGUCUAUGAUCUUGUUGCAGGAGGACCUUGUAUUCCCAAGUGUCACUGGUAUGGCCAACACGAUGGCUUUGACUGCAUCGUGAUUGAUUUACUCGGGAAAAGCUUAAAACAGAUGCAAGCGGACGAGACUCCGACAUUAGCCCGUGUCAUCGACAUUGGUUGCCAACUCAUCGCCUGUCUCGAACAUAUUCACGAUAAAGGCAUGGUCUAUCGUGACAUCAAGCCUGAGAAUUUCUUGUAUAAUACCCAGGCUACCUCACUCUAUGUCGUUGAUUUUGGUUUAGCCACCUGGUGGAGAAACCCAAAGACAAAGAGAGCCUAUCCGGAGAGUAAGAAACCCAUCAAGUUCAAGACCGGUACAGCUCGUUAUGCUUCACUGAAUGUCCAUCGUGGUCGAACACACAGUCGACGUGACGAUAUGGAGAGUUUGGCUUAUGUCUUGCUUGACUUGCUAUUGGCUGGCAAUUUACCUUGGUCAGGUAUCAAGGCACGUUCUUGUAAGGUGGGUUGGGAUCGUUUGCAAUCCGUGAAAGAAUCCUUGUCUGCCGGGGAUCUUUGUGUGGGAUUACCCGUGGGUAUCCAACACUUUAUUGAGUAUACACGUAACCUACGAUUUAUGGACAGACCAGAUUAUCGUUAUCUUGCCUCGUUAUUGAUUGGAUCCAAUUUACGUGGUCCUUACUCAAAAUUAGUAACAAGAAAAAAGAAGGAUGUCUUUUUAAUGGAUUCACUUCUCAAGGAAUUACCCAUCGUCAAUACAACGACGACUGAUUCAUUUUCUUACCGUAACAAAUCUUCUGCUUCUUCCAAUCAUCGUACCUAUUAUAAGCGUUACUAUGCUUGGAAUACAUCUCACACUUAAAUUUCCACUGUUUAUUAUAAUUAUAAUCCCCGUUUUUUCUCAUCAUUUUACUUUUAUGGAUGGUGGGAAAUUAUUUCUUAAAAAAAAAAAACAUAAAGAACCCAAACUUUUUUUUUUUUU